GCUUCCCGGAGUUGGGCGGUGCUUGCUGCUCUCUACCAUGGUGAGUGCUCACAAUGUUAUAUCUGUGGAAGAAAUCACAGGGAUCCUAGUAUAGAUUCAAAGGAAAGUUCAAGGCAUGGAACCCAUAGUGAAGAAGGUCUUUAAGGGUCUGAUUCUUCUUGAACUGGCAGGCUUAGUUGGUGUAUAUGUAUUGUACCAUAAAAUGGAUUCAAGCCAAGAUUUCAGAUAUACAAUGAACAGAAGAUUAUCCCCUGUUUUAGAAGCGUAUUAUAAAUCUAACGAAUGGGCUGGAAUACAUGGAAAACGGGAAAAUGAUGCACAAGCAUGGAGCGCAAAGACUAAUUAGCAUAUUCAGACUAUUCUUCAGUUUCUAUAUUCAAUGUUUGUUAUGUCAUCCAGGAUGAGCACACAACAUAUACGGGGUCAAUCAAUGGAGAAUUGCAGAUUCAGACAGACAAGCAAUAGAUAUUUGAUUUUAUUUGUUUUGUUUUUUUUGUGCUAAAAAUGUGUAUAAAAUUGUUGUACCCAGUAAGAUCUGCAAAUAUCUUCAAUAUACCAACAAGA